AAGGCUGCCAAACUUGGUGAUCAACUUGAAAAUGCCCUUACAUUUGAUAAGGACAAACAUGAUGACCACGAGAAAGCGGAAGCUCUCAUCAUCGUCGAAGAUUCAGCCACUCCUGAAAAAUGCAAAGAAAUCGUUUCUGGUCAAAAAGAUGAUGGUUGUAUUGAAUUGGGUGAUUCAGUUUGUGAAGAACUAGAUGCUCCUAAGGAAGAAGUUAUUACAACAAUUCAAAAGAAGAUUAAAAAUGAUAAACUUAAAUCACCCGAGCAUUCACCAAGUCUUGAAACUGCAGUUAAUCUUGCAUACCUUAAGAAAGCCGCAUCUCAAUAUGGGGAUUUAUGGAAAGAUAAAUAUAGUAAAGCCCGUGAAUAUCUAUCAAACCAAAUAGGAGAUAAAAAAGCUGAAGAGGAAUUAAUAAAAUGUGCCGAUGAUUAUGUAAUUGAGAAUGCCACAAAGAAAGUGAUUAAAGAUAAAAAGAGAAAUGCAGUAGUUACCAUACAAAAUUCGACUACACCAGAAAAAU